GAGUCAUAUUCACUUCCAAACUAUAAAUGGAAUGUUGUGUGUAUAUAUUAAUUUGUAUUAAAUAUGCCGGCAAAAGUACAAAAUAAGGUUUUAAUAUACGAAGGAUGUAAUUAUUUAAGAUAUCGUCUUUUAUUAUCAACAUUGUCAGGAAAACCAGUACGUAUUAUUAAUAUUAGAACUAAAGAAGAUGAUCCUGGAUUAAAAGAAUAUGAGAUAAGCUUCAUACGUUUAUUGGAUAAAAUUACUAAUGGUACUAGAGUAGAAUUAAACGAAACGGGUACUUCUUUAUAUUAUAAUCCUGGUUUAUUAAAUGGCGGAGAGCUAGAACAUGAUUGCAGCUUGCAGCGUGGAAUUGGAUAUUAUUUAGAAGCUGUCAUUAUUUUAGGACCUUUUUGUAAAAAACCUAUUGAUAUCAAACUUAGAGGAGUCACGAGUAAUACAUUGGAUCCAUCUGUGGAUAGAAUUAAAGCAGCAUGUAUACCAUUGUUAAAAAGAUUUAUAGUAGAUACAGAUAUUGAACUUACUAUUAAAAAGAGAGGAAUGGCACCGUUAGGAGGUGGAGAAAUACAUUUCAAAUGUCCACUUUGUCGUACUCUCAAAUCUGUACAGCUUCAAAAUAGUGGUAUGGUAAAACGUAUUAGAGGAGUUUCUUGUAGCGUACGUGUUUCACCAGCAAUUGCCAAUCGUAUGGUUGAAUCAGCCAAAGGCGUAUUGUUAAAAUUUUUACCAGAUAUAUACAUACAUACGGAUCACUGUAGAGGUGCAGUUAGUGGCAAAUCACCAGGUUUUGCAAUAAGUUUGACAGCUGAAACAACCAAUGGUAUUUUUCUCAGUGGAGAAGCUUGUUCACCUUUAAUGAUAACAGGUUCUUUACCUUGUGUACCAGAAGAUCUUGGAAAAGAAGCAGCUAUGAUGUUACUUGAUGAAAUUUAUCGAAAUGGAUGUGUGGAUUCUCCAUUUCAAAGUAUGGCAGCAAUGUUUAUGGUACUUGGUAAAAAGGAUGUGUCCAAAAUUGUAACAGGGCCUUUAACCCAAUCAAUGAUACAAUUUUUAAGAGAUUUACGAGAUUUUCUCGGUACAGUUUUUAAAAUUGAGCAUAUUAAAGAAGAAGAUGAAAUAAAGGAGCAAGUAAUGUUGACUUGUGUUGGUAUAGGUUAUACUAAUUUGAGUAAACGUACUUUGUAAAAUAUUUAUAUUAGAAAUAUUUUUUAAAAUAUAGCAUUUUUCUAAUUUCUAAAUUGUAAAUACAAAAUUAUUAAAAAUUGUACAUAUUAUAUUCAUUACCUACAUAUAUAUUUUCAACAUAUUACACGUUAUUUUUAUAAUAUAAAAUCUUGCAAGUACAAUGGUUUAUCUGGCCAAGAAAUAAACAAUUCUCUCUUCAAUUGGUUCCAAGUAUUUUGAUAUUGAACAGACAAUUGCUUGCAAUCAUAAUAUGUAAUUUUCUUUGGAUGGAAUAUAUCCGUUUUAAUAUUUUUAUACUUAUCACAAAUUUUUAAACAUGUUUCUAGAAGAGCACGUCUACUAAUAAGUAAGUUAUGGCCCUUCUUUUUUUUAGUUACUCCUUGCUUUCUGCCUUGUACCGCUAUUUCUAAAUCACUGUAGAUAUUUUAUGAAUUAUUACUGCUAUUGUUAUUAUCAUUUACAACAGAUUUUUGUUUUAUAUAUAUAUAUAUAUAUAAAUAUAAACCUGUUUCUCACAGCACACCAUAUGAUACUUGAUGGACAUGGAUUUAUUCUUUUUCCUUCUUUUCUCUGAGCAAAAGCAAUGUCUGCUUGAAAGAUUUUAGGAAUAUGUAAUUUAUUACUAAAUCUUUUAGAUAAACCACGUUCCAUGGCUUCUAGUGAGAAAGGGCAGCCCUUACCAAUAGUAAUACUUUCCAAUUUUAUUCUUGAAAUUAACAAUGAUAAAAGUGAACCUUGUAUUCCAAUAAUAUUCCAUCUACAACAUUAUGAUAUAUCUAAUAUAUAAUUAUAUUUUUUCUUCAGUUAUUACAUUUCUAGGUAAAUUAUUUAUCACAUACUUUGCCAUUUUAUCUGAACACGAUAAACUUAAUGUGGGAUCUCCUCUACCAGGUUUUGUUCGUAAUGGACCAGUUAUAUGAUAAUUAGCUCCUGGUAACUUGGGAUCUUGAUGUUGUUCAGUUUUUAAACAUUUUGCUCCUGUUCUAUGUAUGUCUGUAUUUGUUUCACUAACAGAUAAUUCUAAUGUCAUCUUUUCUUUAUCAUCAUGCAUUGUCUUUCUAAUUUUUGUAGGACAUUCUUUCUCGUUUAUGUCAUCCUUAGGAAGUAUAGAACAAUCUCCACAAGGACUUUGACUGGAGAAAAAAUGAAAUGAUAUGCUAGGAUACAUUUCUAAUUUAUUCUCUUUGUUUAGGAAUAAAAUAUUACUUUUAAAACCAUUUAAUACAAUAUCUAUUUGAUCGUACAAAUAACGUAAAAAGGCACGUCUUGCGAGUAUUUCUGCAUGAGAAUCACUCAAUCUAGAACCUCUUUCGUGCGGAGCAGUUUUAACCAAUUCAGACUCUCCUAAACACUUUGUACCUGUAGCAAGUGAUACUACAGAUAAAGAUUCACAUUCUGUUUUCAAAAGGAUUCCUGACAAUAUCGUCCAUUCGUUAUCUGUUGGUUUCCCACCUUUUUUUAAUCCAUUAUAUUUUUCAAUACAAAGUUUUGCUACUUUAUUCGGAAAAUCGUUCAUUGUACUUUUUUAAUACUUAUAAUCGUAUUAACUGAUAUAAUUUAUAAUUCAAUAUAUUAUUUUUAUCCGCUUAAUUUUAUUAAUAAACAUUUUUUGGAUCCCAUGCAUAUUUAAUUUGUGGGAGAUUUGAUAAAAUUUUCAUUUGUUUUGCAUCAAUAAUAAAAUUUAAAUUUAUAUUAUCUCGUAUAUGUUCUUUUUUUACAGCCUUAGGAAUGACACCUAAGAAAAUUACAAAAUAAAAUUACUUUAUAAAUAAUAUCUGACAAUAAUUAAUAUUAAUAAUAGCAUAGUUACCAAUGCCUUGUUGUAAAGCCCAUUUCAAUAAUAAUCUUGCUGGAGAUACAUUAAGUUUUGAAGCAAUAUCAUUAACAACAGGAUCUUUAAGAAGAUUUGUAUUGAUACUUGUACCUAAAGAGGAAUAUGCUUGUAUAUGUAUUCCUUCCGCAUUACAAAAUUUAAUUAAUUCUUCUUGACGAUAAUGUGGGUGACAUUCUACCUGUAUAUUCAGGAUAAAGAAAUAAAUACAUCAUAUAAUGAUGAACAUUAGAUUAAAAGAUGUUGCAUUUAACAUACUUGAUUAACUGUAGGUUUUACACCAUAAUAAUUAUUCAGUAAUUGUUUUAAAUGAUCUACAGUAUAAUUAGAAACACCAAUAGAUCUUAUUAAACCUUGUUUAUGUAGUUCUACUAGUUUUUCCCAGGUACAAUCACGCAAAUCUUUAUUUUGUUGAGAACUUUCAGGAAUACGUGCAGCUCCAGGCCAAUGUAUCAAAUAUAAAUCAAUAUAAGAAAGACCAAGAGAUUUGAGAGAUUUUAAAAUGGAUCUUUGUAUACCUUCCGGAUCUCCAUUUUCAUUAGGUGCUUUAUAAAAAAAAAAAAAAAAAAAAAAACAAUAUAUAUAAUUUAAUAUUUAACAAUUAUUAUUACAAUAU